GACUGUGGCUUGCUGGGACAACAACUGCAGCCAUCAUGAUCCGGCGACAAGCACGACAGCGCCGGGACUAUCUGUACCGUCGCGCGCUGACCUUGCGCGAUGCCGAAAUCUCAGAAAAGCGUGCAAAGCUAAAGGCGUCACUGGCAUCAGGCAAGCCGCUCGAUUCGAGCAUCGCCAACGAUAAAGAGCUGCGCCGGGAUUACAAGUACGAUGAAUCGCGAGCAGAUCGUACUAAUGAAGAGGAGCUGGAGUUGGACGAUGAGUAUAGCUAUCUCUCGGGAGUUGUCGAGCCGCGAGUCCUCGUCACCACUUCUCGCGAUCCCAGCAGCAGACUAGGUCAAUUUUCGAAAGAGAUCCGGCUUCUUCUUCCCACGAGCAUACGACUGAACAGAGGAAAUACCAUCUUGCCCAAUCUUGUUGGCAGUGCCAAAGCCAACGGUCUCUCCGACCUGAUCCUCCUCCACGAACAUCGAGGCACACCGACCGCGCUCACAAUCUCACACUUUCCCCAUGGCCCAACAGCCUCGUUCAGCUUACACAACGUCGUCCUCCGCCACGAUAUUCCCAACGCAUCCCGCGGAACCGUCAGCGAAAGUUACCCUCAUCUCAUCUUCGAAGGCUUUACUACUGCACUCGGAAAGCGCGUAGUCAAAAUCCUUCAACACCUCUUCCCUCCCCGCGAAGGCGGCACCAAGCUCGGAUCCCGAGUCGUCACAUUCAAAAACAUCGAAGACAGCAUCGAAGUUCGCCAUCAUGUGUUUGUCAAGACAGGGUACCAGAGUGUGGAACUGGCAGAGGUCGGACCACGAAUGACGAUGCGGCUGUUCGAGAUCAGGCAAGGUACGGCGGAGAACAAAGAUGGUGAUGUAGAAUGGCAUAUGAACCAGUACACACGGACGAGCAAGAAAAAGGACUACUUGUGAAGGAAGCAAAACUGUGGCAGAGAUAUCAAGAUUCUCCCACGCGGAGACAAUUCAGUGCUGGGAGCUGGAAAUGCUCGUGCGAGUGAAUUGCGAAACGAUGCAAAGUCAGGUCUUGGGCGAAAGAAAGUGGGAUUCGCAGGAGGUUUAAGCAAAGAUUGAGGUCUA